AUGUUGGGUCGAAGAUUAUUGUCAUUGACUAAGAAUCGUUUGGUGUCACCAUUCACCUCACCAAUCAGAUCAUCACUCUUCAACAGUAGCAUUAACAGUGUCAGAUCAUACGCAACUGCUGCUACUCCAGCACCAAGCACUAUCGAUUUCAGUUCACAAAUUGAUCGUGUUUAUGGUAGAAUUCAAGAGGAAACUGAUAAGGCCUAUGAAGGUGGUGGUCAAAAGAGAAACGACGCUCAACAUGCCAAGGGAAAGUUGUUGGCACGUGAGAGAAUCGAUUUACUUUUGGAUCCAGAAUCGUUCCGUGAAUACGAUAUGUUGGUAACACAUCGUUGCACCGAUUUCAAUGUUGAGAAGUUGCCAGGUGACGGUGUUGUCACCGGUCACGGUACCAUCAACGGAAAGUUGGUGUUUGUUUUCUCACAGGAUUUCACUGUGAACGGUGGUUCGCUCUCAGAGGCACACGCCGAGAAGAUCUGUAAGAUCAUGGACAAGGCGAUGUUGGUGGGUGCCCCGGUGAUCGGUCUCAACGACUCUGGUGGUGCACGUAUCCAAGAGGGUAUCGCCUCGUUGGCCGGUUACGCCGAGGUCUUCCAGCGUAACGUCAUGGCAUCCGGUGUGGUUCCACAGAUCUCUGUCAUCAUGGGUCCAUGUGCCGGUGGUGCCGUCUACUCGCCAGCCAUCACCGAUUUCACAUUCAUGGUCAAGGACACCUCAUAUCUCUUUGUUACCGGUCCAGACGUCGUCAAAUCCGUCACCAAACAAGAAAUCACCCAAGAGGAACUCGGUGGUGCCAAGACUCACACCACCAAAUCCGGUGUUGCCCAUCUCGCUUUUGAAAACGAUAUCGAUGCAUUAAAGAAGGUUAGAGAAUUUGUUACAAUGUUACCAAGUUCAAAUGCAAGUGGACCAGCAAUUGCUGAAUCAUUCGAUGAUGCUGUCCGUGAAGAUCCGGUUUUGGAUAAUAUUGUUCCAGAGGAUCCAAACAAGCCAUAUGAUAUGCAAGAGGUUAUUGAGAGAAUCGUCGACGACGGUAAUUUCUUUGAGAUUCAACCAGCCUACGCCAAGAAUAUUAUUACUGGAUUCGCUCGUAUGGAAGGACGUACCGUUGGUAUUGUUGCUAACCAGCCAAAGGAGUUGGCCGGUUGUUUGGAUAUCGAUGCCUCUGUCAAGGCAGCACGUUUCGUUCGUUUCUGCGACUGCUUCAACAUUCCUUUGAUUACAUUUGUCGACGUUCCAGGUUUCCUCCCGGGAACCUCACAGGAGCACAACGGUAUCAUCCGUCACGGUGCCAAGUUGCUCUAUGCCUACGCCGAGGCAACCGUUCCAAAGAUUGCCGUCAUCACUCGUAAGGCAUACGGUGGUGCCUACGACGUCAUGUCAUCGAAGCACUUGCGUGGUGACACCAACUACUCGUGGCCAACCGGUCAAGUUGCCGUCAUGGGUUCGAAGGGUGCCGUCGAGAUUAUCUUCCGUGGAAAGGGUGACAUUGCCGAACAAGAAAAGAUCUACAACGACAAGUUUGCCAACCCACUCCCAGCUGCUCGUCGUGGAUUCAUCGACGGAAUCAUCAUUCCACGUGAGACCCGUAGAAUUAUUUGUGAGGAUUUAGAGAUGUUGAAGGACAAGAAAUUAUCAAACCCAUCCAAGAAACAUGGUAACAUUCCAUUAGAUGAAGAAACAGGUGCUAUCGUCGUUAAAAACAAGUUUACCUUGUCGAUUCCUACGUGUCCUUUGUGUUUGAACAGUGAAACGAAACACUACUCAUCGGCAUUCAAGAAAGAGUAUUACGAUUGUCCGACAUGCACAUUGGUUUUCGUUCACCCAGAGUUUCACGUCACCGAAGACAAAGAGAAGUCGCGUUACUACUUCCACAACAACUCUGCACACGACGCAAAGUAUGUUGCAUUCUUGAAGCCUGCUCUAGAUUCGCUACUACCACUACUCUCUGCUGACAAGUCAGACUAUGGAUUGGAUUACGGAUGUGGACCAGGACCAACACUCUCGAUAUUGUUCGGUGAACAACAAAUAAAAAUGGAAAACUACGAUCCUUUCUUUAUGCCAAACGAUAAAGUUAAACAAUUUACAGAUAAACAGCAACAACAACAACAACAAGAUAAUGAAAAGAAAGAAGAUGAUAAACAACAACAACAACAAGAACAACAAAUACAAAAAGAAGAAGAAACAGAAUUGAAACCAUUCGAUUUUAUAACAUGCACAGAAGCAAUAGAACAUUUUAAAUCACCAAAGAACGAUCUCGAUAGGAUACUUUCACAUAGACACUCGCUAUUAAAAAAGAGUAGUGGUCAUCUGUUGAUCAUGACACAGUUCUUGAAGAACGAUGAAAUGUUCCCGACUUGGCAUUACCCAAGAGAUAUCACUCACAUCUGUUUCUUUAGACCGACAACUUUCAAAUGGAUAGCGAAUCAUUAUAACUGCGAAUUGACACUGAUAGAGAAAGAGAAUAUAGCAAUUUUAAAAACAACCAAUACCAUUAUUAAUAAUAACAAUAAUAACAAUAAUACAGAUAAUCUAACUUUGACAACUACAACUACAACAACAACAACUACAAUCAAAGAAGAUGAUGAUGUUAAUUCUAAUGAUUCAAAUAAAGAAAGUAAAGAAUAA